AUGACAGGCAAGGCGCCCGGUGACAUCGAAAUGGCAGGUCUCGACAUACGCGCCAUCGACCACCAGAAACCAAUUCUGCGUACGCCCAAUCGCACAACACGCGCUGCCAUUCGGCACUUCUUUUGCUACCCAGAGCCCCAUCUCAAGAUUCGCCCAACGGCCUGGCUCGAUGGACUUCGUGGAGCAGCGGCAUUUGAAGUACUCGUGUACCAUUACCACCUCAAAUUCCUUGGGCAAGACUAUAAUCCUGCCUAUGGAUCCCGUGUCGAUACACGGCAAUGGUGGCGGCUUCCUUUCAUCAGAAACAUUUUCCAUUCAGGCCAUUCUAUGGUCAAUGUCUUUUUCAUCAUCUCUGGUCUAGUCCUAACACAACGCUCCCUCAGCCUCAUCCGAACGAAACAACAUGCAAAACUCUAUCCAGCCAUUUCAUCUGCUAUGUUUAGGCGUGGUAUUCGGAUAUACUUACCUGCUGUGAUCGUCUCCUUCUUUGGUAUGCUCACCAUUGCUUUCGGAAUACGGCAUGAUCAGCAUAUUGAACAGCCGUCAUUCCUUGGGCAAGUCUGGCACUGGAUGAUCGCCUGUCGCGAUUUCGCCAACCCCUGGCAUGACUAUGACCAUGCCUAUGAUCUGGUUCACAAGUAUGAGCAUACCAUGUGGACCCUACCGCUCGAAUUUUAUGGCAGUUUGGUGUGUUGGGUCACAUUACUCACAGUGUCGCGCAUUGCCGAUACACGGAAACGGACAGCUGUUGUGCUCAUGCUGUGCUAUUUCAGCUUUGUCAAGGGCAACUGGUGGUCUCUCAACUUUCUCUGGGGAAUCUUACUCGCUGAUUUUCUACUCUACCAAGAAGCCGAAGCAGCAAGCCAACCCACAGGGCGUCUGAGACUGGCAAUCAAAGCUGUCUGGUUCGCACUGCUCAUUUGGUGCCUGUAUGUCUGUGGCCUGCCUGAUGCGCAUUACGCAGACUAUUCCCUGCCUGGAUUCGACUGGUAUUACCAUCACGUCCCACAAUCAUUCAGAUUCAUUGAAGAAGGAGGUCGUUUCUGGUGGAUGAUCUCUGGCAGCUUGCUGGUGGUUUGCAUCUCCCAGCUCCCACCCGUCAAGCUUUUGUUUGAAUGCAGACCAUUGCAGUAUCUCGGCAAGAUUUCCUUCAUGAUGUACCUCGUCCACACGUACGUCUUGGAACUCGUCGGCGUGCACUUCAAGGAUUUCGUUUCUAGUCUGGUAUCAACACCGCUGGAUGUUCCGUCGUUGGAUGGCAAAGGAACCAUCACCUUCAUGGUCCCGCAAGGCAGAGCUGCCAAUUACUUUGUCUAUUUUGCAUUUUGGUCAUUCAACCUUCCCCUUGUCUUUGCUGUUUCAGGUUGGGUCACGCGAUAUGUUGACGAUCCCUCCAUUCGCUUUGCAAAAUGGCUAGAAGGACAGUUCGUGGACGAUGCAUAG